ACCGCGGUCGCCUCUGUUUCUGUCUUCUGUCUCUAUCUUGAUUGAAAAUCCAGAAUUCAGUACUUUGGGCUUGGGCCUCCAACUUUGGGUGAUUAAAACAAUUUGUAACUUACACGGGAGAUUAACAUUAUAGUUAACUACAUUAAAUAUAGCUAACUAAUAUUAUUUAUUUUGGUUUUUACUGCCUUCACAGAGAAAGCAGCCAGCAAUUACAUAGACUUGGGUCUUGUUAGCCUUCUAUUAUCUCAAAAAUGUCACUUUCUGGUGCAGCCAAAAGACUAAUUCCAAUGUUUGACCGUGUGUUGGUCCAAAGAGCUGAGGCAAUCACAAAAACAAAAGGUGGUAUUGUAAUCCCAGAAAAAUCUCAAGGAAAGGUUCUUCAUGGGACUGUAAUUGCUGUUGGUCCUGGAAGCCGAAAUAGUCAAGGAGAUAUUGUUCCACUUCAAAUUCAAGUAGGAGAUAAAGUUCUUCUUCCAGAGUAUGGUGGCACUAAAGUAGAACUUGAAGAUAACAAGGAAUUUCACCUUUUUAGAGAAACAGAUAUUCUUGCUAAGCUUGAAUAAAUGUGACUGUAUUCUGUAGAUUCUUGUUAAAUGUUAACUAAUUAUAAGUUCGCUGAACUGAUGAGUGCAUUGUGAAUAGUAUGGUUGAGCUUACUUGUUUAAUUUGACAUCUUCAUAGAUAGUUUUUUUUGUAUAUUUCAACUUAAUAAAAUUCAUUUGUAUUA